AUGUUGGAUCCGUACUAUAUGCACCCCAGUGACAAUCCUGGGUUAGCCAUCGUCACUCCACCUCUCAACAACACCAACUUUCAUUCAUGGUCGCGAUCUCUAAAGCUUGCUCUCAUGUCCAAGAACAAAUUAGGGUUCAUUGAUGGAACCCUAACUCUCCCAGAUAUCACAAAUCCAAAUUUCGUCCUAUGGAACCGUUGCAACAACAUGGUCAUGGCAUGGAUCACAAAUUCAAUUGGCAAAGAAAUCUCGGAAAGUGUAUUCUGGAUUGACUCUGCCAAAGAAAUCUGGGAAGAACUCCAUGAAAGAUACCACCAAGGUGACAUCUUUCGCAUCUCUGACCUUCAAGAAGAGAUCUACGCCCAGAAACAAGGUGAACAAUUUGUUACUCAAUACUUCACCACCUUAAAAAAGUUAUGGCAAGAAUUCGAUAAUUUUCGCCCUUUACCUACUUGUCAAUGUGAACCUUCUUGCCAUUGUCAACUAUUACCCACCAUAAAAACUUAUAGGGAGAAUGACUAUGUUAUUCGCUUUCUUAAGGGUCUCAAUGACCAAUAUGCACCUGUUAGAUCCCAGAUUAUGCUUCUAAGUCCUCUCCCUAGUGUUAAUAAGGUGUUUUCUAUGCUUAUUCAACAAGAAAGACAGAUCUUUACACCUCUCCCUGAUGAAAAAAUCAUAGCUCAAAUUCAACAACCUUCUGCAAAAAAUCGUCCCAAUGAUCUCACCACUAAACCUUCUUAUAACCCUAAAACUAAAGGUUUGAAAAUAUGCACUUACUGCAAUAAACCUGGUCACACCAUAGAGGUUUGUUUCAAAAAACAUGGAUUUCCACCAUACCUUAAGAUAGCUAACAUAUCUAUGGCUUCCUCUGAUGAACCUGACACUGAAGCAAGCAACCCUGGUACUACUGAAGAUAACUCAGAAUGUAUUGGAUUCACUGCAGAACAACAAUGA